AUGUCCUACCAUCUGGAGUCCAGCUACCUUCCCAACCAACCCACACUUCAACAACACUUCGAGAACGUCUUCCAGACUUGGACAGCACAGCUGGCCAACGUCGACUGUAUCCAGGCAGUCCUCGACGAGCGUCGUCAGCGUCUCUUCCCCGAAUGGUCUUCGGGGAUUCAUACACCUCUCAACGGCGAUGUGUACUGGAUCGAUCUGCCACCGGAAUUCUUGCGGCACGGAGAGUUGAACCUGGUUCACGAACCUAGUAUCUUUGACAGCGAGCUCUACAUUCCCUGGCUCGAUGUCAUCGCUCAGUUAGUCUUUGCUCACUACCAUGAUGUGCUCAUGUCGCACUUGCGCGACCAAGGUGUCUCUCGGCAAUGUAUCGAGGAGCCAUCCAAUAACCUUCGGUUGCGCAACACGCUGUACCAGCGCAUCUUGGCGCAGGCCGCACGGGCGGGAAUUCCAGUCGGGCAAUGUGCCGCUUUCUAUGAGCCGCGAUCAUACCCCAGAAGCAUCUUCACCUCGCCACGUCGAAACUCUGGAGUACUUUUCUGUACCGGGCGGGGCAACAGUGCCCUCAACACGCUCUUCGAAGAUGCGACUCAGGGAAAGUGCUACUUCAUGAGCCAGCUAUGCCGACUCCCCGUCGACCCAUCUCAGUGCCAACCUCUCGCUCAAGCAAACUACGAGCCGAUAUCCUUCCGUGCCACUUACUGCGGGGUUGUCCAAGCCUUAAAUUGGGAAGGGCUCGAAACGGGCGACACUCGUACCUGGUGCAUGGCCAUGACACUCUACGUGUCUUCCGCCAGGACCAACUUGGCUCUCUCCGACAUUGCGCACAUUACGAAAGACAGCAAGUGGCACGCUCAUUGCGCGCCAGAAGAUUGCUGUUGGCAUCAUCUUGACCACGCAGGCGGGAGACCGUCGACGCAGACGCUAUCUGUGAAGGCAUACCACAGCGCGCUUGCGAAUCAUCAUGGUAGUAAGCUACCACCACCUCCGCGCCCGGUCGCUGUGCAGUCUGCGCACAUCCCGCAGUCGGAAAGAGAGUAUCACCAGUCCCUUGUACAGUACUGUCGACGAUUCGUGUAG